AUGUCCAGCAACACUCCCGCAGCACCGCGGUUGCCUGACUUGAACAGAUUUCUGCAACACGACCCCCCUGGAGAUGCAACCAUGGCAACAAUCCAGCCCUCUAGUGACUCUGAAUGGCAGCUCUACCAGGUUCUACAGAGGGCCAACCUGCUCAACUACUUUGAAACAUUCAUAAGUCAAGGUGGGGAUGAUGUACAGCAGUUGUGUGAGGCAGGAGAGGAGGAAUUCUUGGAGAUUAUGGCCUUAGUCGGGAUGGCCAGUAAACCUCUUCAUGUACGAAGAUUACAAAAAUCUUUGCAGGAAUGGCUGUCCAACCCAGCAGCUUUUGAAGUGAUCAAGAAAUAUCCAGCACAUGGUGUCAACAAUGGCAGUCAGUCAUCUCUGAACAUGACCACUGGUCAUCCUGCAGACAGACCACAUGAUGAUGAUAAUCCAUGUCCAGCUCAGCCAUCCCCAGGGUUAGCCCUCAGUCAUUGCAGGUCACAGCAGCACAUCAUUGUCAUGCCAGACCCUCGGUUGUCGGAGCAUCAUUUGGCUGCAAUAGCCACAGCUGCGGCAUGUUUAGCUCAAGAUUUACCUCCCUUGGAGCCCAAAUCUAUGCCCAAAAAGCCGAUUUGCCAGGACAUUUUGUCUGUGAUGCAGAUGUCCACCGAUGAUCCACACAGAAUGAGUGCCUUGAGAAAAUAUGCAGCUAUCUAUGGCCGAUUUGACUCAAGGCGCAGAAAUGACAAACCUAUGAAUAUGCAUGAGAUCUCCGUCAACGAAGCUGCGGCUCAGUUAUGCGGCCAUUGUCCAGCUCUACUGACCCGCCGUGAAGAGCUGUUUCCCUUGGCUAGACAGGUGGUCAGGGAGAGUGGCUACCAGUAUUCUAAAGGUCACUCCAGCAGCAUACGCAGCGCCCUUCGUGUCCUCCUGGAAUCCAACGAUCAUCAGCAGAUGAGAAAACUGACCGCAGAGAUGGACAUUCUCAAUGACAGACAGACAGCAAUGAUAAAACAAAGACAGAAAAUCAAAUAUAGAAUUUUACUAGAAAUUAUUCAAACCAACUUCACUAAAG